GACGAAGCGGUUGUAGCCUACAUUUUGCCUACAGACAAUGGGCAGCCAGGUAUCUGUAGACAAUGUUCAUGUUGUGGUGGUUGGCGGGGGUUUCGGUGGCACUGCCGCCGCACAACAGCUCAAAUCCAGGGGGAUACCAUUCACCCUCAUUGACCUCCGUGACGCCUUUCAUCACAAUGUGGCUGCCCUCCGUGCCGCUGUUCAGAGUGGCUUUGCCCAGCAGACCUUCAUCCCAUAUUUGAAGACGUUUGGAGAGAAUUUCCUUCAGGGUCGAGUCAUAUGGGUGGACCCAGUGUCACAGACUGUAGCGUUGGAUGGAGGAAAGGAAGUUCAUUACUCACACCUUAUACUGUGCACUGGCACAGACGGCCCUUUCCCGGGGAAGUACAACAUGGUGGCCUCCUAUCAGACAGCCAUCCAGAAGUAUGAGGACAUUGUGAAGGAGGUCCAGGCCGCAGGUUCGGUUCUUGUGGUAGGUGGGGGAUCCACUGGUGUAGAGAUGGCUGCAGAGAUCAAAACAGAAUAUCCAGACAAGAAGGUGAUCCUGAUCCAUUCCCGUGUUGGCCUAGCCGACCCAGAGCUGCUGCCCAGUGUCAGGCAACAGGCUAAGGAGGUGCUGCUGGAGAAAGGGGUGGAGCUGCUACUGGGGCAGAAAGUUUCUAACCUGUCUGUACUGGAGCUCAAUGUGACCAACAAGAACAUGGUUAUCAUGACAGACAAGGAUACCGAGAUCACUGCAGACCUCGUCAUCUGCUGCACAGGCAUGAAGAUUAACUCUGAUGCCUAUAGCUCCACCCUGAAUGGAUGCCUAGCAGAGAAUGGGUCCCUGAAAGUGAAUGUGCACCUGCAGGUGGAGGGCUAUGACAAUGUGUACGCUGUUGGGGACUGUGCUAAUGUUAACGAGCCUAAGAUGGCAUACCAUGCAGGUCUCCAUGCUGGGGUUGCUGUUGCCAACAUCACCAACAGUCUGAUGGGGAAGCACCUGGAAUCUUAUCACCCAGGGAGUGUGACCAUGUUGUUAGCCAUGGGCCAUAAUGAUGGAGUGGGCCAGUUCAAUGGGCUGAGGCUUCCCCGUUGCCUUGUAACCCAGGGCAAGAGCAAGAACCUACUGCUGUGGAAAAGCUGGAAGGAAAUGGGUCAGAAAGCUCCUUAAUUAACGUGUGCCAUACAGAACAUUGUGGAGCGAAGACGUGUGUGUGCCAGCACCGCCUUGAGAGUGCCUUACUCAGGUGACAGCUUGCAGAAGUUUUGGCGUUCUGACAUGACUAUUGAUAUGAGACCAUAUAUUUGUAAAAUAUUUCUACGCAAGGUAAUGCAAACUUUGUACAAUGUCCAUUUUUGCCAAUGAAUGUUAAUGUAUGUCUUGAUAAAAAAUAUAUAUAUAUAUGACUUAUGGUUAAAUAUAUUUCUGUAAUUU